AUGAAUAUUGAUUAUAAUAUAAUUGCUGAGUUAGAAGACCCUAAGCAGUACUCAUACAAAGAGCACUGGUUAAAAUAUGAUGAAUCACAUGAAUAUAAUAUUCUUUAUGAAGUGUUUACAUUUGGUGGAAUUGAGCAAGUUGGACAAUUGGUUGAAAUAUAUGGAGAUGAAUUGAUAUAUCGUUCUGAUAUUUUGAAUAAACUAAUUAAAUUAAACAUGAUAAAAUUAGCCAGUGAGUUACGAUGUCUCUGGUAUAAAGAUGUGUGGGCAUUAUUAAAUAGUCAUUGUAACGAUAAGGUUGCUAAUUUGAUAGGUCUUGCUUCCAAUUUUGUGAAUUAUAUUGAAAAUAUGUUUAUUGAACUGAAUGAUUGUAUAGACUUUGAAAUAAAUUCUAUUGAAGGUUCUAUAAAGAUUAAAGAGUGUAAAAGAUGUCGGGACGUGUAUUGUUUUGAAAAACCAUUGCUUGUUGUGAACCAGAAUGAUGUUCUGACUAAUGAAAAUCUAAUAAAAGAUUUAGAGAAUUGGAAGAGUAAGUUAAUGAAUAUAAUUUAA